GUUAGUUUUACUAAUUUUUAUAACGAUAUGCCCUGUUAAUUUUUUCCAACAGGGGUCAGAUUUAGAGUGUGAAAAACUCCCAUUUAAGGUAUAGCUAGACAUCUCUAAAGUUUCUGUCAAAUAAAAAUCAGCCUACUAAAGAGACACAGACAGCAUAGCUAGAUAGAUAUAGAUAGAUUUAGUGCAUAUUUUACAUGGCUAGCCUCACAAAUAUCGGGGGAUAUACCCUGUCUAUUAUUUCCAGGAAGGGGCCAUGGCUUUGAUGUGGAGUCCUGGAGUAUCUUACAGCUACGCAAACUCAAUUCGGGUCAGUGCCUGCAAGACAACUCCCUGCCACAUUCAACGGAAACACAGUUCACCAUCUCUCCAAUUUCCUUCACAUGGCUUGGGUUAACACGGGGCUAUGGUAAUAUUCAAUUGCCUAUUGUUGAAUCGUCACCAAGGGGAAGAACAUCAUAGAUAAAAUACGCAUAUUUUACAUGGCCUCACCUAGAUCCAGGGAUAUACCCUGUCUAUUAUUUCCAGGAGGGGCCAUGGCUUAGAUGGGAAGUCUUAGAGUAUUUAAUGCUCAUUUUGAGCCACACAGACCCAACAGCCGGCAACAUUCAACAGACACAGUGUGCCAUUUCCCCAAUUCUCCUCAUCACAUGGUUCACCUGAGGCUAUGGUAACAUCCCAUGUUGAAUCACUGCCAAUCGAAUCCUUGUCUCCUGCACAAAGUGCGAGAGUUAUAACCACUAAACUACAGCGCAUAGCAACUUCUCCUGUGAUGACCUUCUAUCCUAUUUACCAACUGCAUUAUGUUUCAAGUCAGGAGGUCAAAUUCAAAAGAAAUCCUGAUAUGCUACUGUAUAUAGCUAGACAAGUUGCAGCCGUUGCAACUGUUUUGAUUUUGCGUCUAAAACAAUGAACAUGCGCCUCAUGCAUGCAGGCAAGAAAUUUAAAUAAUAGACCACAACGAUUGAAGUUAAAUAAUUAACUUACUUUUUGUAAUAAUUAAAAACUGAUCUUAGAAAGAGAAAAUGAUAGUUAAGAAAAACCAAUAAUAGCUCCUUUUGGACCGUUUAUUCCUUAAAUCUUUGAAUUAAAGAGAAUAGUCAAUUUGAUCCUUCUUUUAUUACCUGUAAAGAUGCGCACACAUAUACGGGUCUUUAUAAACAUUCACAACUUAUAUCUAUACAGUAUGUACAGUCAUUAAUACUGUUAUUUUUUUGUGAAGAUUUCUGAUAGGACCAUUCUGCUUUACAGAUUCCCUUCAUUACUUUGCUUUGACAAGUAAGAAAUAAAUGUGUCUACCACUUUUGUUAAAAAAGAUUUUCUCAGUCUUGUGUUAUGAACCAUUUCUUUUUAUUCCAUUCAAUAGAGCUAAAAAAUUUAUCAUGCUUGAGCAGAAAACACCCUAUUUGUCGUUAUUUGUGAUGAUAAUGUAAUGACAUCUGGGUUUCUUACAUUUUUUUGUUACUACAAUCUAUAUUUAUAUAUAAUUAUACAAUGUAUAUUUAUAUAUAAUUAUUGAUACAUAACUAAUAAACUUUGGAAGAAAGCACAAGUGAAAGUUAUCUCUUAGAAAUUUACUUAUCUGUAUAUAAUAUUAUUUGUGUGUUUGUCUAUUAAGUUUUAUUUCUGUUUAGCAAAAACUUGAUGUAUUUCCACCUUGUGUCAGAAUUGAAAAAUCUCUUGGUCGCUGGUGUCAAGUAAACAUUUUCUUUGACAAAAAUCCUGUUCUAGAUGACUGAAAUACCAAGAAUUUUACUGCUUGGAAUGGAGGGGUCAGGAAAAUCACUUUUCAUGAAACGACUACAACAAGUUGCAACUGAAGGUUUUGAUACAAAUUUUAAAAGCAUACCCUCAACUGUCCCAACAGUUGGUAAUAAUAUUAUUAAUUUAACAAUGAGCAAAGGCGAUUACGAAUUUAGAGAAAUUGGUGGUUCAAUGGCUCCAAUAUGGGGGAAAUAUUUAAAAGAUGCUGAUGCCCUAAUUUAUAUGAUUGAUUUUUCAAACCAAUUUCAGAUUUCUAGUUCUUGUAUAAUGCUAUUAACUUUGUUGUCCAAUGAAGAUCUCAGCGAAAAGAAGGUCUUGCUUAUUUUUAACAAGAAGGAUUCUACAGGAACAAUAUCCCUAACAGAGCUUAAAAAAAUAUACAGACUGUCGGAUCUAUCACAGUAUGGAAAUUUUAGUUUAAAGGUUGUGGAAUGUAGUUGUGUUACCAAGUAUGGAUUUGAUGAUGUUAUUGAAUGGUUGGAAAAUGUUACUGUGCCACAGCUAUAGGCCGAUUUUUUUUAAAAGUCUAGACUGUGAGGUUUGGAAGAAUGUGGAAUAAGAGAGAGUAUGGUGCGUGAGUUAUAAAUAAAUAUCCUUUUAGCCAGUUCAUUAUUAUAAUAUUUUACAUUCUUCUAUAAACAAUAUUAUUGAAUAAAAAAUGAUUGGAAAAUUGCUAACUUCGUCAUCCUAUUUCUUAUUCUUAUGACAUCAGUGUUGACGCAACAGAAAACAUUUCUUAAUCUUUGCGAUACAAGCAAACGUUUUUUGAAUGAAUAUCACGCAAGACAUGUAUACAAAAUAUUUAUUAUUGCAUGAAAAGCAUAUGUCUAUGGUGAUAACUGCUCAAUCACUGAUUGAAACAGUAUGAAAAGCGUGGUUUGGCUAACCACGCUUUUCAUACUGUUUUACUGAUAUGUUGAAGAAAAAUUCAAAAUUUAGAAUAAAUAAAUUUGCCUACUUUCCAGCCUAGUUAACUAAAGCUUUCUCUCAGCUUACCAAAGUUAAUAUCCUCGUAUAAAAGAUGCAUAAUCUCUUAAUUAAAAAACUUCGUAAAGUAAAAAUGGAGAAAUAUUGAAACCUAAAACUAUUUUUUCCACAAAAUAUAAAGCAGACAAUUUUUGCAUUGAUGGUGUCCGCUUUAGAGAGAUUCCACAGUAGCAUGUCAGGCCCAAAUAAAUCGGUAUGGAAAGCAAUUUAUUAAGUCGAUUUUAUCAAAGUCGCCUAACCUGCCAUAUUUUUUCGGCUUUCUUCGAGGUGGUUAUUAUAUUUAUUUUCUUUUUCUUUAUAUUUAUUUUAUUUUUAUUUUAUUUUAAUUGUAUAUAACUGCUAUUGAUAAAUAAAUAUCUAUCUAUCCAUCUAGCCAUCUAUCUAUCUGUCUAAGACUUUGUCACUUAGGACUAACAACAGUGUGUCCAAUAUUUAAAUUUAUGUCGCUUUCCUUAAACAGGUAACCUGUCUGGUUUUCACAGGCCUAAAUUUCACUUCUUUUUGAAACUUUUCGUUACUUAGAGGCAAUGUUGUCAAGUUGUAAACUGCAAGCCGUGAAUACAAUAUUAAAAUGUAAAUCUUAGAAAAAAGUUAUUAAAAUUAAUAUAAUACGACAAU